AUGCCAGAGUUGGUUGUAUUGCUGUCGGAACUUUGCAUCAUGACAGGAUUCUCAGAUAAACAAAGGAGAAAUUUCAAACCGAUGAAGGCGAUGGGUGAACACACUAGGGUUAGUGCAGGAGACCGGAUGCGAAAACGUUUGCAAUUUGCUGGGCGUUUUUACGCCUGUCCCACUGCAUUAGAAGAAAUUGAGCGUUGGGACCUCAAACUUGCAGAUAAUUUGAUUGAAUUCCAGGGUAGAGCAGAAUCUCUAUUAUUGAGGAAUAAACAGCCCAUUCAAAGUGGAGAAGAAGCUGAUUGGACCCGAAAUUUGCGUACUGUCCCUAUGUACAAUAAAGUUAAAGUUGAUAAACCAGCCCAAGAGGUUGGACAAAUGUCCAUAGUUGGCAAGGGCAUGUCAGUGGUCAUUAACUCAAAGGUCUUUGCUAUUCCAGAUGACCGCAACAAUAGCUACAUUUCUGAAAUAGAAAAUGUACAUGUCUGGGAAUUAUUCAAGUGGAAUUUAAUAAAACUUGAAAAGUUGUUUGUGAAAUUGUGUACCUUAUAG